GCAAACAAGUCCUUGUAGCUGAGUCGCGGCGGCUUUUCAGAAAACUUCACCUGGCAUCGCCUUGCCAACGGUGGUAGCCUUUGAACCAACUCGGCUUCGCCAUCAGCACCAACCAUCCACCAAAGAUCGGUAUGGAAGCCGCCCUCGACCUCGGACGCGAUGGCGAUGGCUUCUUUAGUAGCGAUGAGGAUCUGCCCUCUGACUACCCCGAUGACGAUGCCGGGUUUGGCCACGAGGCUGACGUGACACUCGCCUCCAUUCACAAGAGCCACACGAUCCCCUUUCCAAUCCGUGCAAGCUACACUAAGUGGAAGCCCUGGGAAGCCUUUCGGGAGAUCGUCCAAAACUGGAGAGACGCCAUCAUCAAAUCUUUCAAUCUCGACGAGAACAAAUUCUACGUCAUUCGCUCUGACAAGUCAGCUGGGCGGAACACCGAGAUUGUCUUCAAAGUCCUCCACCCAAACUCGGAACCGAAAGAAUGGCUUGGAUACAUUAGAUUCAAGGGACGGGACGGGCUGGGAACCGUCGAGAUUGCGAACCGCAAGGCUAUACUCCAGCCCUAUCAUCUUGUCCUUGGCGGUACCACGAAGGAUGAUGAUACGAGCCAAGCGGGCGAACAUGGCGAAGGUCUGAAGCUCGCCCUCUUGGUCCUCAUGCGUGGCAGACAAAACCAUCUUGUACGAUGUCGCUCGGGCGGAUUCAUGUGGACCUUCAAUUUCACCAACCGGGGCCACCUAGUCGCCCAUCUUCGACGAAUGUCGCCCGAAAGAAUCCGCAAGGUCUGCGACAUGGCCGCAAAGCAGGUCAGCAAGACAUUGCUUCCAGUCGUGGUGUCGCCAGAGCAUGAUGUGCAAUUCUUCAUAGGCGAGAGAGGGAAGGGAAAGGACGGCUUUGGACGUUCCCUCAAGCGCGAUCAGGUCAAACUGGAGGAGUUCGAGGACUGGCUCAAAGCAGCCUUAUUCUUGCAGAAUACCGAGGGCGGCGGCCGUAUUCUGAGCAAGCGGGGAGAUCUCAUCACCGAUGAUGGACUUCGUGGAAACGUCUACCUCAAAGGCCUGCUUCUGCAAGAGUCACACCCCGACAGAUCUGCCAGCGUGACCGGAAAGGUUCUGAAAUAUGGCUACAACUUCUCGCAAGGAGAGACGAACCGUGAGAGACAGUCUCUUCUUAAUGCCAGGAAGGAGUCCCAGGCGAUUCAAGCCAUCUGGCACGAGGCACUCAGACUGAAGCCGCCUCUGAUCGAACAACUGAGUAGCAUGCUGAAUUCCAGCAAGGACGAGUAUGCAGACGUCUCAAUGGUGCAACACCACAUCAAGGUUGAGACUGCCUGUCGUCUCAAAGAAUACCUCUUCGGCGAAGAGUUCGCGGGCAAGUGGUAUUACUCGGCCGAGGAGAAAGCUCAGAACCCGCGACUCUCGAGAAUUAUCCAGGGCCUUGGCUGCGAAGGAGUGCAGCUGACCAACACCUACUGGUCUAUCUUAGAGAGUUACAAUCUCAUUCGAUCGGCUGGAGAAGAAGAGGAACGCCUCUUCCUAGCAGCCGAUGUAGCUCACGUUCCGCACUCUCAAUUUGCUAGAGACAUUCAACGCUCGCUUCUAGCCUGUGUACGAGCCUGUCCGCAGACCAAUCACAUGUCUGUGGAGUUUGUGAGAGCAGGCGAACUGGACCUCGACUCAUUCUAUUUGGAGGAACAGUCUCUUCUGAAGAUCCACAGCAGGUGGCUCACAAGCAGCGCAGCCAUGGAAGAGCUGGGCCUGCCAGCUGACCUCGAUGACUCUUAUAUCAUGUUCCAUACGGUCAAGCGACUGUUCGCUGAAGUCCUCCAGCAAGUGCCAGAGGGAGACUUCCAGGCAGACGGUGAACGGACGAGCGACUGGUAUUUGAAGAGAGAGUUGAGUCUUGGGGAGCAGAGACUCCUCAAUUAUAUGAAUAUCAAGCAGAAGAUGCAAUUUGAGUCUAGCUCAGUAUCCUCAGCGCUCACCAUUAAGUGGCCAGAGGACCUUGGCCGGGCAAACAAUACGAGAGUGUCCAUUCAGCUGCAUCGCAUCAAUGGGUGCUCUCAUCUCCGAGACUUGCUGCUCUCCAAAGACAUCGACCGGGAAAAGAUCACCUGCAUCCAGCCAGGCCAGGAGACGGAAAUCCCACAAGCGAUCACCGUCAACUUCACCUGUCGGUCCUAUACAUUCCCUCUGUGUAACGCUUGGCACAUGAUGCAAGACCCGGACCAGGGAGUGGAAUAUUUUGCCAUCUUUUCUAUACCCGCGGAUCCCGAGUCCUUCGCUGUUGUGACGGAGAAUAGCUGCGUGAUGCCUCGAAAAGUCGCUCCAUUACCAGAAUCACAGCGUGCACCUCGGCAGAUUAGAGAGAUUCCUCGAAACACGGCAAAGACGCCUCAGUCGCAGGAGUCCCCUGCAAGUAGUUCGGAGAAUAGCCAGGGUCGUGCCACAAGCCGAUCCCCCACGCGUUCUCAAUCUCCCUCGCCGACUCGAGCGCCGUCUCAGGGUCCAAGAUCGCCGGCAGUGGAAAAUAGAGGUCGGGAUAAUGAUAGCACACGGCCAGAGAAGAAGACCACUUUCACCUUGGGGAAGCAGCUAGAGAGUCUUGACAUUUUCAAGAUCGACAAGAGCCACUGGUUUGAGGCUGUGAAUGUGGGAAAGGUCGAGGCCGUCAUUGGAGUCCUCAACCCCGAGACGGUUCCGGAUUUGCCACGAAAGCGAGCUAGAGUUGUUGUAGAGAUAGAUGACGAGGAUUGACUGGAGUGGCUUGGAGAGAGAAAAUGCACUUUGCAAACUUACAAGCUAGGUGGCUUGUAAGAAAGGCGAUAAUAGUUGCUAGUAGCAUGGAAAGUAGCAACAGCGAGCCUUAGCCAGUGCAUAGCAACGUCGGCUUUUAUAAGCAUAGCCUGAAUGAUUUUUAUAAUGCAAGGCAUGUAGGGAACUAUUAUAAAAGCAUUAGCAGCAAGGCAAGCGUCGUUUUCGUCGGUUCCACCAAGAACAAUAAUC